GAGGUCUUAUAAAGUUAUCAGGAAGCUGACCAAGAAAACGAAACUGCUCCAACUGUGUCAAGGAGGAGAUUUUCUUCUUUUAAAUUCUAUUUUUUAAACGUUCGUUUUUGUGAGAAUGCAGAGCAGUGCGUACGGGGUGUCUCUGGCCGGUGGCGCCUUUGAUUUACAGAACUUUGUGGCACAGCCUCAGACUAUCCUGCGCUUCCUGAGCUGGAUAUUUUCCAUUGUGGUUUUUGCCACAAUUACAGCAGAAGGCUACAAUAACAUACAUCAAGAGUCAGUGACCAGGUGCAUAUUCAAUGGAAAUGACAGCGCCUGCAGCUUCGGUGUGGGUAUUGGAAUCCUGGCCUUUUUGGCUUGUGUGGCGUUUCUCGUACUGGAUGCCUACUUCCCACAGAUCAGCAAUGCUAAGGAGAGAAAAUAUAUUGUUCUAGGAGAUUUGUUCUUCUCAGUGGCCUGGACAUUUUUGUGGUUUAUUUGCUUCUGUGUCCUGGCCAACCAGUGGUCCCAUACCACUGCAACCUCUAUCAUAGCUGUUCCUGCUCAGGCUGUUGUCACCUUCUCCUUCUUCUCAAUCAUCACCUGGGGUCUUUUGUCAUAUUUUGCAUAUGGAAGGUAUCGCAUUGGAGUGAGUGCCUUUGACCAGGAGUACAGAGACCCAGCCAACGACAACAUUACCCCAUACCCUCCCACCCCAUACUCCAGCAGCAGUGGCCCCGAGGGCUACCAGCAAUCCCCUUUCUCCCACAACCAGCAGCACCCAGGAGAGUACCAGCCACCAACUUACUGAAGGAUACAGAUUCAAAAUGGAUAUAUCCAACAGGGGUAGUUUUAAAGAUGCUGAUGAUGUGCUUUCAUUUACAAAUCAGACUGUUCUCUGCAUUGCAUGUUCCUUCCUGCAGAAUGUAUUUGCCAUAUUUUCUGGUGCAUUGACAUGGUUUUAGUUUAUUUGCUUGGGGUGUGUUUGCUGUGUUGUAACUUCCAGCAGGAGAACUCUGGGAAAAAAAAGCAAUUUUUCAUUAGAAGGUGACUGUCUUAAUGAAAGAUAAUCUCACCAUGCUAUUUCUGUCUUGUUACCAAACAAUUUUUUGUUCAGGUUUGUAUCUUGAUAUCAAAUCACCAGCUAUAACCAGGUUGGGAUUAGUUUUUUAUUCUAUAAUUACGGUUUGCAUUUAAUAUUCAAAAUUUUAAUGAAUGUAUUGUUGUUUAUUACAGAAGUAGUCCUUUGUACACAAGUAUUUUGUCAUUAGUUUCAAAUUCAUGUGCAGAAGUUCAGCCAUCAUAAUUUAUUGAUACAGUUCACACUGUUGUUUGACUAUACAACAAACCCACAUUAUUUAAUCAACGUUUGCUUAUCUUGAUAGCUUGUGUUUUUUAUUUCUUUUCUUUUUUUAAAAAAAAAAACUAAUAACCACAGGUAAAUGUUUUUUAUUUUUUUUUAAAAAAAAUUGCUUCUGCUAUAGUUUGAUUUUACAGUUUUUUGUUUUGAAUUGGCCAAACCAUUCAUUUAUGUCAUUCCCCUGUUGAAGUUUAGUGUACCUAUUUUGUUUCGGUUACAUUUUCUAAAAUACUGCAAUGUUUCAAUGUUUCUGCGAUAAAUUUAGUUGUUUAGUUAUGAACUUGUUUUAUUGUAAGAAUAUUAUAUAUAAGAGUCAGAUGAGUUGUGCCAAAUAAAUACUGUUCUGGUUCGGGUAGUCUGUAACUGACAUCCUCCUUUGAAGAAAAAGCCGGUAGUUUCUGUGUGUGUUCAUGUGUGCUCCUUUGGUAAAUAUUUGAGUGGUGACUGUGUUGGUUAAUGCGGAACUGCAAGGACAAUUAAUUGUAGAGUGUAAAUGUAUUGAAUCAUAUAUAUUUCAUGAUUCAUUCAUGCAGUUGAAUGAAAUAAACUUGUUUAAACCAAA